CCGGUCGAUUCGCGGACGAUUUUCGAGGCGUUCCUCGCGAGCAAGGUAAACUAACGAACACAGGAAUAUGGGCCUACGGAUCAGAAGCGUCAACGGUAGUCUUGGACUCGCCUCGUCGAUCGAAGAGGAAGUGUCGUGGUCAACGACCGAAUCACCAUUUACUCCCGAAGAAGAAGACGCGAUAGUGACGCUGGUUGUGGUCGUGAUCGGUAUCAUCGUGGCCAUAGUGGUACUCUUCUCGAUGGGGAUAUUUAUCGACUGCAAACACCAGAAGAAGGAUGCUUUGAAGAAGAAGAAGCUAAAAUUGCGAAUGCCACCGAUAUCUCGUGCAAAGAAAAUAGGAAAAGACGACGUGAAAUGUUUUGCCUCGGAUAUGUGUCCGAACGGUGCCAGCGAUGCUGGAUUUCAAACGAGGGAUGUCAUCGUUUGACGAUCCUGUCUGUUUUUAUCCUG